AUGGAGUUCCCGGAGCACGGCGGGCGGCUUCUGGGCCGCCUGAGGCAGCAGCGCGAGCUGGGCUUCCUGUGCGACUGUACGGUGCUGGUGGGCGAGGCGCGCUUCCCGGCCCACCGCGCCGUGCUGGCCGCGUGCAGCGUCUACUUCCAUCUCUUCUACAGGGACCGGCCCGCGGGCAGCCGCGACACGGUGCGGCUCAACGGCGACAUCGUUACGGCGCCUGCCUUCGGCCGUCUGCUGGACUUCAUGUACGAGGGCCGCCUGGACCUGCGCAGCCUGCCCGUCGAGGACGUCCUGGCCGCCGCCAGCUACCUGCAUAUGUACGACAUCGUCAAGGUCUGCAAGAACAGGCUCCGCGAGAAGGAGCGCGCGCUGCCCCCGGAGACGCCCGCCUCUGGGGUAGAGCUGCCGGGCCGGCCCCCGGGCCCUCCGUCUGCCUGGACCCCCGCGCCCACUCCAGCCUCUCUGAAGGCCAGGCUCCCUCCCGCUGGGCCAAAGGCCACCCGCCCUCCGACCGCACCGGGACCUCCCCCCUGGCAGGCGCCUGGAGAGUCAGACCGGGCCCUGGACCUGUCGCUGAAGCCCGGCCCGAAGAGGCCUCCCGUCUGCCCACCCUGCGUCCUCCAGACCGCCCCCUGCCGCCAGAAGCAGCCCGGGACCCAGCCAGUGGUGAAGGAGGAGCCAGACUCGGAGUCCGAGCCGGAGGAGGGCUGCAGCAGCCCUCGGAGCGCCCACAGCCCCCUGCGGCCCCCCGGUGUUCCCGCGGCGGAGCCCCUGGCCGGGCUUGGGGCUGCUACGCACCUCAGCGCCCACUUCCGCGAGCGGGACGGCGGCCGCGCGCGCCUCUCGCCCGACGGGGCGGCGCCCACAUGCCCGCUCUGCAGGAAGACCUUCUCCUGCACGUACACGCUGAAGAGGCACGAGCGCACGCACUCGGGCGAGAAGCCCUACACGUGCGUGCAGUGCGGCAAGAGCUUCCAGUACUCCCACAACCUGAGCCGCCACGCCGUGGUGCACACGCGCGAGAAGCCGCACGCCUGCCGCUGGUGCGCGCGCCGCUUCACGCAGUCGGGGGACCUCUAUCGCCACGUGCGCAAGUUCCACUGCGGCCUGGUCAAGUCCCUGCUGCUGUGA